AUGGCGGGAGCAGCAGCUGCAGCAGCUCCAGGCGGCCGCGCCUCAGCUAUGGAGACCGCAGCAGAACACCGCGCAGCAGCAGCAGCAGCAGCAGCAGCAGCAGCGACGCCGAGCGAAGCCCCCGCAGCCCCCGCAACCCCCGCAACCCCCGCAGCAGCAGCAACAGCAGCAGCAGCAGCAGCAGCAGCAGCAGCAGGGAUUGCAGUGUCGAUUCCUUCUUACUUGGUGGUUUCUCCGAAUUCUUUUUCCGCCCACGUGACUUACAAAAUCCGGCUCACUGCGUUGGGGUGUACGUACACCGCAGAGCGGCGCUUCCGGGACUUCGUGGCGCUGAACGAGUCUUUGCUGUCACUUUUGAACUCCAGCAGCAAAUCCAGAAGCAGCAGCAGCAGCAGGCCUUGCCUGGCAGCGCAGCAGCAGCAGCAGCAGCAGCAGCAGCAGCAGCAGCAGGGGCAGCAGCGGGCGUUGGAGGGGGGGCCUGCGGUGUGCCGGUUCGUGUCGUUUUUGCGCGACAACUAUGAGCAGGACGAUGCAGCAGCAGCAGCAGCAGCAGCAGCAGCAGGUGCUGCUGGAGGAGGCUCCGCUGACUGCAGCUCGGCCCUGGCUGCACCCCCUGCAGCAGCAGCAGCAGCAGCAGAUGCUGCUGCUGCUGCUGCUGCUGCUGCUGCUUUUCCUCUGUUCGAAGUGUCGUUGCUGCUGCGGCUGCUCGACUGCAGCAGCAGCUUCUUGUGUCUGUACACCGCAGCAGCGCCACAGCAGCUGCUGCAGUUCUUCAGAGAAGAAGAAGGAGCAGCGCGGCUGCUGGGCCUUUUGAAGUUUGCUGCUGAACUCACCGCCACAUACCCGCUGCAGCAGCAGCAGCAGCAGCAGCAGCAGCAGCAGCAGCAGCAGCAGUGGGAGAGGGCGGCUCCAGCAGCUGCUGCUGCUGACCCGCUGCAGGGGGAGCCGUUUGAGGGGUCGGAGUGCAGCAGCUGCAGCAGCGAAGAAGCAGCAGCAGCUGCUGCUGCUCCAGAUGCUGCUGCUGCUGCUGCUGCUGCUGCUGGCUCGGGGUUGGAAGCAGCAGCGCGUCGCCUGCUGUUGCUGGCUGCUCCUCUAGUCUGCAACUCGCCGUCCUCUUCUCUUAGCUGCAUGCAGCCAGCAGCAGCAGCAGCAGCAGCAGCAGGAACAGCAGCAGCAGCAGCAGCAGCAAGCCGCUGCUGCUUGCUGUGCGUGAGCAGCAGACUCCACAUAAUGGCAGCACGGCUAAUGUUCGAGGGCCUUCUCAGAAGAACUGACAUGCAGGAGGCUGUGAGUUUGCCGCGUUCUGCUGGCUUGGAGCUGCUGAUGGUCCUCUAUGGUUCUCCCUUUUCUUCUGCUCAGCUGCUUGCUGCUCUGUGUCUGGCCGUGCUGCUGCAGCAGCGCUGCUUCAGCGAGCAGCAGCAGCAGCAGCAGCAGCAGCAGCAGCAGCUGCAGCAGCAGCAGCUGCUGCAGCAGUUUCAUGGGGCUGGGCGCCUCAGCAGCCCCACACCCGGGCGCCUCUCGCCGGGCUUCUGCUGGCAGCAGCAGCAGCAGCAGCAGCAGCAGGAGCUGAGUCCCCACGGCCUGCCGCAGCAGCAUGAGCAAGAGCAGCACGAGCAGCAGCAGCAGCCCGAGCAGCAGCAGCAGCAACGCGGCUGCUCACCUGCCGUGAAGGCUGCUGCUGCUGCUGCUGCUGCUGCUGCUUCCUUUUCAAAACCCCUUUUCAUAAAAGAGCAGCAGCAAAGAGAAAGGGCGCUUCUGGCUGUGGGGUCUUUGCUGCUGCGUCUCAUUGCUUCUGCUUUGGGGCCCCACAGCAGCAGCAGCCAGCUGACGGGCGGCCUGAUUGAGCAGCAGCUGCUGCGCUAUUUGCUGCAGCAGGAGACUCUGGAGGGAUUGUUUGGUUUGCUGCUGCGCUGCGCUGCAGCAGGAGGCGGUGGCAGCGCUGCUGCUGCUGCUGCUGCUGCUGCUGAGGUGGACGUACACCCGGGAGGCGCAGCAGCAGCUGCCUGUACACCUGAACACAGCAGCAGCAGAGAGAGCGACAGAAAUGAACUUUUGUUUUUUGUCUGCUGGCUGGUUGCUGCUGCUGCUGCCAACAAUUGCUGCUGCUUCCAGCAGCAGAAGCAGCGCCUGCUGCAGCAGCGGCAGCAAUCCCGCGUGCUGCAGAGGCUGAGGGCCGCAGCAGCAGCAGCAGCAGCAGACGCAGCAGCAGCAGUAGCGCCAGAAGCAGCAGCAGCAGCACGGGAGGAAGGCUACAGACUCCUGUCUUCGCUUACCGACAGCCCUUCGGACUCUCCAGAGCAGCAGCAGCAGCCGCAGCAGCAGCAGCAGCAGCAGCAGCAGCAGCAGCAGCAGCAGAACAUGUUGGAAGAGGAAAGGGAGCCAGAUUGCAGCGAGCUGGAGACAGAGCAAGAUGCUUUUUCUCUCUUCAAGACAAGAGACUGCUGCAGCAGCAAAGGCCCUUCUGAUUUGCUGCAGCAGGUGGCCAGGCACCGCUCGCUGCUGCUGCUGCUGCUGCUGCUGCUGCAGCAGCAGAGCUGCAGCCCAGCAGUCAAAAGGCUCUGCGCGUUCAUCUUGCUGCUGUGCCCCAUAUGGGGCGCCGAGGGGUGUCUGCUUCUGCAGCAGCAGGAGCUGCGGCAGCAGCAGCAGCAGCAAAAGCAGCAGCAGCAGCAGCAGCAGCAGCAGCACGGCGAAUUCAAAGACGCCUCAGAGGAGCAGCACAACCUGCUGCAGCAGUCUGAAAGGGACAAAGAGCCCGCAGACAGGGAUGAGGCAGACCAGCGCUUGCUGCUGCUGCUGCUGGAGCAGCAGCAGCAACAGCAGCAGCAGCAGCAGCAGCAGCAAGCGGGAGAAGGUGCUAAAGCCCUGCAGCUGCCUUGGGACGCCCAGCAGCUGCAGCACCAGCUGCUGCAGGCGCAGCAGCUGCUGCUGGAGCUGCUGACAGAGGAGACGGCCAACUUGCAGCAGCAGCUGCAGCAGCAGCAGCUGCUGCUGCAGCAGCAACUGCGUGUGGGGCUGCAGCGAGGCAUUUACCUCCCGCCUAAGUUCCUGCAGCAGCUCUCAGCUUUUACUGUUGGCCAUCAGCAGCAGCAGCAGCAGCUGCGGCAGCAGCAGCACGGAGACACGCAGCGGGGAGCGCCUGCUGCUGCUGCUGCUGCUGCUGCUGCUGACUGUGCUGUUGGAGAAACCGGAGAACCAGCAGCACCAGCAGCAGCAGCAGCAGCAGCAGCAGCAGCAGAUGGCGGGCUGGAGGGCACAGUGCGGGGCUGCAGUUUGCUGCUGCAGCAAGCAGCAGCAGCAUGUGGGGCCCUCAACAACCUGCUGCUGCUGCUGCAGCAGCAGCUCAUAAAGCACUGUGCUGCUGUGGAGCUGUUUGCUUCUCAAAUAGAAGCGCUGCAACUGGCGCUGCUGCAGCUGCAGCAGCAGCUAGGCCCCGAGCUGCAGCAGCCGCUGGCAGCUGCGGCUUCUUUGGCUGCGCGAGAAGCAGCAGCAGAAAGGGAGCUAGCAGCAGCAGCAGCAGCAGCAGCACAAGGAGACCGUGAGCUGCAGCAGCAGCAGCAGCUGAUGCUGCAGGCGCAGCAGCAGCAGCAGAAGGAACUGAGAAGGAGAGACGCGCUGCAGCAAAAGGCAGCAAAAAUCAACAGAGAGCUAAACCAACUCCAAAGGGUCAGCAGCAGCAGCAGCAGCAGCAGACUUAGCAGCAGCUCCAGACCGCCGCCGCCAGCUGCAUGGACAGCUGACCUAUCGGCAGCAGCUGCUGCAGCACCUGCAGUGUCUGCAGCAGCGAGAGCAGCAGCGGCUGCAGGAGACGCAGCAGCAGCUGCAGCAAGCAAAAAGAGAACAGCAAAUCCACGAGGCCCUCGUGCUAGCAGACACAGCAGCACAGGCAGUGGAGAGUGCCCUCAGCGACAGGAGCAGCAGCAGCAGCAGCAGCAGCAGCAGCAGCAGCAGCUCGCGACUAAAAGUGUCUUUUGCUCUGUCUGCUGUGAUAUGACUGAGGGUUUAAUAACGAAAGAAAUAAAGACACAGGUAGACGAAUUUGCUGCUGCAGUUCAAAGCAAACCGGAGCAGCAGCAGCAGCAGCAGCUGCUGCAGCAGCAGCAGCAGAGGUCAGCCCUAGAAAGCCUCCUGCGAGUUAUUAGGCAGCAGCAACAGCACUUGCUGCUGCUGCUGCAGCAGCAGCAGCACCAACAAACGGCAGCAGCACCGGAGCCUUCCGGGCAUGCAAGUGCUGCUGCACCCGCAGCGGCCCCUCUAGAAGCAACAGCAGCAGCAGCAGCAGCAGCAGCUGCUGCUGCUGCUGCUGAGUCUCCCGCAGGAGGAACGCCACCUGCGCCUGCUGCUGCUGCAGCAGCAGCAGCAACAGCAGCAGCAGCAGCAGCAGCAGCACGGGCGCAGCGGCUGCAAGGCUGCUUAGUUGAGAUUGAAGGGGCCUGCAGCCAAGCAGCAAUGAAUGUGCAGCGGCAGCAGCAGCAAAUCAAACGGACUGAGCUGCUGCUGCAGCAGCAAACGAACACAGAGCAGCUGCAAGAAAGAGUAGAUGCACUAACUGGCGAACUCAAAAGGUCUGAGAGCGAGCUGGAAGAUUGCGAGUUGCUGCUGCAGCAGCAGCGGGAGCAGCAGCAGUCGCUGCAGGUUUUGGUGGUGAGCUUGUCUCAGCAGCAGCAGCAGCUGCAGCAGCAGGAGCAGCAGCAGCAAAAGGCGCUGCAGCAGCUGCAGCAGCAAACAACGCGCAACCGCGAAAGGAUCGACUCGCUGCUGCUGCAGACGCGCGAGCUGCUGCUGCUGCAGUGGGGCCGCGUGCUGCUGCUGCAGCAAGACCAGCUAAAUAUAUAUAAAACAAAUAAAAGGAGCAGCAGCUUAUUAAAGAAGGAGCAGCAAACGCGGCUGCUGCUGCAGCAGCAACUGCGGCACUCAGCAGCAGCAGCGCAAGUCUGCCUCACGCAGGUCCAGCAAAUACUCUAA